UUCCGCUAAGCUAAGUGGACUAUGCACAGCCGUCUACAGCUUCUUGGUGGUAAAACUAGGUCAACCUGUUACAACCGUUCCACAACGAUCGGGUGCAUAACUCAGCUGGAAUUUCAUCCACAAGUGAGGUGAACUGAACUAACCACACCAAACCGAGAUGAAAAAAAUGUUUUAUUACUACCUGUGUUACUCAUCAUUAAAAGUGUGCAUUGCAAGCUCAUGAAGGAACAUGUCUGAAGGUAGCUUCUUAAAGAUUGCCAAUGUCUGCAGCGUUUCGACUAAUGCUGCUUUAAACUUCACACCAUUCCUGCAGGAGAAAGGACAAGGGGAUGGGGCUGUAACAAAUCCCAAUGGCUUGGGCAUGUAUCUCUUACCAGCCACAAAUGUGUCGGGAGUGCCAGGCUCUGCUGCAUAUAUCACAGUACCGGCUGAGCAAAUCCAUAAGACGGUUCACCAAGUGGCCACUCAGCAACCAACAGUCACUCAGCAGGUAUCCGUGAAUCAAACUCAGAGUGGUCUGCCAGCUAACUUUGGCUUCAGUUCUCCUGUUUCUUUGGCAGAAGUCACCUCACAGUCCGCCACUCUGUCUACCAAGAUUGGUUCAUUUGUGGAUAAGUUGAUUUUGCAAAAUGAAACCAUCCUGAAAGGACACGAUGUGUCUGGUGUUCGACCAAGAUUGCGAGCCACAUCAAGUUAUUCCCCCAAAACUGCCUCUCCGCAGUCUAAACCAUCUACAAUUCAAUCAAAGAACCCACUUGUGUUCCAGAAACUGAACUUGCCACCAACCCAGUUCAUUCCUGAUGGACUUGUUGUAAAAAAUCCCAAAGUUCCAACAGAGCGCGAUGUUCUGUUAAAAAGGGAACUUUCAGCAGAAAAGAAAAUUAGGCUCGCCGAUGCCAUAGUCCGUCCUGAUAGCCCAACUAGUAUGUGCUUGUUACAUCCCAAGGACGAAUCCCUGUUCGCUUCAAGCCUGGUGCAGGUCCAUGUGCAGAAGGACCAGGCCGGUGGUCUGUUAAGGGAUGUGAUCUGUGGCCUGGUUUGCAGAGCCAGGGUCAAAGUGAGUGAAAAUUCUGCCCUGCCUUUGGACAUUGACCUGUACUGGUGUAACUUUUGUGCCUUCAAAUGUGAAAGAAAAGUGGAUUUCUUACGUCAUGUGAUGAGUCAUAGGUUUAACUGCUGGUUUUGUACGUUCCAGGCUUUCUCCAGGGCUGAUGUUGUCCGCCACUGUGUGGAGAAACAUUCGUCCUUUGAUGCAGAGCCAUGGUCGUUCUGUUCUCUACUCAACGACCAUUUAAAACUGUCUGUAGAAACUAAGCAAGAGAGCCUAACAGUAAAGACUGAGCCACAAGAUGAAGAAUGUCUGGCAGAAGAACAGCAGGAAAGUAACCAUGAAUCGCUCAACUUGGCUCCUGUAGAUAUGGUAGAGAUGUCAGACAGUGAAGUGCUGAAGAAGCAGGUAGAAAUAAUCAACACUUCUGCAAGGUCUGAGACCACUCAGUCACAAGAAGAUGCAGACAUCUCAAACGAAGAGCAGUGGAGUCUUGAGAAAACCGAAAGUUGGAAUUGUCGCCACUGUGACUUUGUCUCACAGGACUACAAGCUGAUCCAAAUCCACUGCACCAUUAUGCACCCCAUGAUGAACAAAUCUGCUAAGGCAGUGACGGUUUCAAGUGAGCUGGCGCAGCAAAUCCGUAAACUGGAUAUGAUUCGUAAGCUCCAUCUGGAGAAAGGGGAAAAGGAAUUUCUGAAAUCAACAGAGAGUACAUCAUCGUCCAGUAAUCCUUCAGUAGCAAGGGAGGAGGAGCAGGUGAUGAAUGAGGAAGAAGAGGUAAAUCAAGAACAAGAUAUGGAAGAGGAAAAUGAAGAAGAGGAAGAGUCUGAAAUGGACCAUGAAGAAAAUGUGUUAGAAGAGGAAUCAAAAUCAAAGGAUAUUCUAAUCUAUGAAUGCUACAACUGCCACGGCCAGUCCCUCAAGCUCAGAGAGGUACGCAAGCACUUAUCCAAGGAGCAUGUGGGAGAACCAUUCAUAGCCAUCGAUCUGUUAGCUGUCCGCCGCAAACAAGCCAGAUACAUUAUCUUUUGCCCGAGACCAGGUUGUUCUUUCUUCUCACGCUGUCAGCAAGGUUUCUCCGAACACAUCACAUGGGAUGAUUGUCCCGGAAAAAAGGACUCCAAACAAACUUCAGACGUUCUCCAAAGCCUGUCGAAAACUGCAUUGUUUGCACAGAAUUCCAUGCGAACUAUAAUCAGAGGUAAAGCUGACUCCAAUGGCAAAAUCCAACGGAUGAUGUGCCACCAGAAAAACUGCCGUUACCAGUGUGCCAAACCAGUCAGGAUGAGGAACCACAUGGUCAGAUUUCACUUUAACCAGAAACCUACUUAUACGCUGGCAGUGCGACACGGUAAAAAGCUUUCUAAGAGCAGAAUUUACUUUUGUCCCAGUUGCUCUGCCUUUCAAUGUAAUUCGGUACAGACGAUAUGUGAACACCUGCUUACCAAGCAUAGGAUUUCAGACACCAACAGUUAUACAGUUAGGGAGUUGUUGGACCAUGGCAGGCAGGCAGGGGUUGAAGUCUCUGCUAAAAAGGUGCAAAAGACAGUAGCAGAGGAGGAGGAGAUCAGACCUGAUAGAGGGCAGUUAGAAGCCAUGAUGGAAAAGUACCUAGAAGAUGAGACUCAGAACAAGAUGGCCACUUCUGGCAGUGGCUUGCGUCAUGCUGCAGUCAAAGCAGAAGUCAGGCUGAAAACCAAGCAUCAGACCCCAAGGUGCUACAAGUGUAAAUUUUGCAAGUACCAAUGUCUAGGGGCAAACUUGAUGAGAACACACAUUCACAAUGACCAUCAUGGGGUCUCCAUGAUCGCCACAGAUGUCGGCAUGCGGCGAAACAAGCAUGGAGGGCGCGUCUACCUUUGUCCACAGGUCGGCUGCGACUUUGCCUCCAAGAACACUGACGAGUGGUUGCACCACUGCGCUCAGAAACAUGGUCUGGAAAGCUUGCCUAUCCCAAGGGACGUCUCGGAGCUGGACAUCCGUAUGUUCUCCAAAUUCCCUCCGACAUACGAGUGCCUGUACUGCGAGGGUUCUGUGGUCAGGGACACCCCGACGCUUAUGCGACUUCAUCUGACGAAGAGUCACAAGGGAGAGGUGGUGGUCAUGAGGGAUGUGGUGGCUCGCAAACAGUGCAAGGCCUCCAGAAUCUACAUGUGCAACAAGCUCUCCUGUGACUUCAUUACCAAACAUCAGACAGACUACGAGACGCACAUUGACUCCUGUGAUGUUGUGCCUAAUGGGCACGUCUCCUCCAACAGUAAUGAACAGGCUUUGCACAAUGCCCACAAGGACAGUGAAACCACUGAUGAUAAUGGUAUAAGCCCUGGUAUGGAAUAUAUUGCAGUUGCUGAUGCUAGCGAAGAAACUGAUGAAAUCAUUGACCUUGAUCAAGCAACCAGUGAUGAUGAUGACCUGGCUAAUGAGUUGGAUAUGGAUGAGGAUGCCUCUCAUGGUGAAGAAAUUACAGAGGUGAUCAUCCAAGACACGACCACACAAGAUGUAGUUAGAAUUAAAGUAGAAAACCCAGAUUUAUGAAGAGCUACAUAAACGUGCCUGUUAAAACAUAUACAUGUAGUUCUUAAAAGACAAAACUCAUGUUAGCUUCCUGUCCAGCUGUACGUGGAAAGAUCUGACAACCUGGGCUCUGUCCGGUUUCGUCCCACCAUAAUGCUGACCCCCGUCGUAUAAAAGAAAUAUUCUUAUGGCAUAAAACACGAAUCAGAUAAAUAAAUAAAUUUUUAAAAAAAGGCAAGGAAACUCAAGACAUAUCUUGUGACCAUCCAACAGAGAAGUUAGCGAAGCUAAAUCAAGUUUUGACAUACUGAACUUUUUCUUCAUUUCUCUCCACCAAAAUAUAGACACCAUGUACAAGUAGUUUUGAUUUUUAAAUCAAGCUUUAAAGCCACAUUGACGGUGUUCUGCCUUGGAGGAUUACACCUGCUUUUUUCUAUUAUUAUACUUACACAUAAACAUAUUUUGUCAGUUUUAUUCAUGCUUUGUGUACUAAUAUGAAGACUCCUUCCAACAUAAUAUACAUAGACUGAUGGUUCAAGAAAAGGAAAGCAUUUGAUGUCAUGGAACUUAUAAUGGCAAAGUACUCCAUCAAGCUCAUUUUAGAAAACGAACAUUUUACUGUUGUACAUGUAAUUCUGUACCAGAAUUUGUUUCUGUUUUCAAUUUUCAAUGAACUUAAUAGAUAUUGAUUUAACUGCAACCUUAUUUAGACUAUGGUCUUUAUGGGCAGACAUCCCUGAGGCUCCAGAACAAUUCUGUAUAGAUGUUCAUUGAAUAACUGUCUCUCUACAAAUGAUGCCAGAUAGAUGGACGAGUGUACAUGAAUGGGAUUCUUUCUCGUUGUGGGACAAACCUACCCCUGUGGCUUACCAUGUAGCAUUGUUACCUUCAGCAGUCGCACAAAUUUCAGCAAAUUUUGUACAUUUUACAUAACUUUUCUGACACUUGAAACUGCAUAUGGAUUUGAGCAUAGUUCAGGUAUUUUAAUAAAAAAAUACAUAUAACAAAGAAAGAAAAGAUUAGAACUGAGAUGAAUCUUGUUGUCAAAGUCUGCUGUCUUGUAGAAACCAGUGUACGUACACCAGCGGCAAUGUAUGUUGCCCUGUCUACUCAAUACUGUAUGACCCAUUUCCCAUAACCAUGCAUACUGAUGCGCAUUCAAGACAGCUAUCUGACUCAUCCCAAACUUUCUGUUGUGUUUUGAUUGGUCAUGAUGGUACACAGCUGCUUUCGCUUAAGUGACAGUAAUCAGAUUUCCGGGUUGAAAACAGUCGGCAGACACUGAAACUGAGAGGGAUGAAAAAGAGACCUUAGUGAGUACAUGUACCUUGACAGAAGUCAAGCAUGAGAAAUAGGUGUAGUCAAACCAGUGAGAGCUGGAUUUGAACCUGUGAUGUCAUGAGUUCCAGUGCAUUGUUGUAAGGCCAGCAAGUGAGCUUACCUGCUUAUUGAACACAAAUGUAAAAUAGUCACAGAUGGUUUAAUGGUUUUGUUGGGGUUUUUUUCUUGUGUGAUGUUAUGAAAUGUUAAACAUUAAAAUUAGUGCAGCCAGGUGAGUCAACAUUUGUUUGAAAAGCAUGUUAAGGCUUAUAUUGGAAGUACAUGUCUCUGUGACCUCAGUCAAUUAAAUCUACUGAUGCAUGUCUGGGAUUGCUCAUUAAGUAUCCUUAAUGUUGGUAGCCAGUGAUUGUUUAAACUGUUACGUAGCAUUGAUCAAAGUGAAAUACAGGUAUCCUGGCACUGCUAAUAUUCCAAAUAUAUUUGUUAACUCAGUAUCACUGAAAUUUACUGCAUUGUUAUCUUGGGUUGCUUAUAAUGUAUCCUGUAAUCAAAUCCUUUCAUUUGUUGAUUUAUUUAACGAGGCUGUAUGCUGUAUUUAAGAACACGUGUGACAGAUUGCAGCUGAACGAGUACCCUUAUUUCUCAACCUUUCACUUAUGAAAGAGCUACUUUCAGCGCAAUUUAUACACAUUUUUAAUGUGAUUUUGGAGACAUUGUUUGGAUUGGCCACUUUCAGUGCUUCACAAAAGGUUUGAUUCUGUCAGUCAACACAGAAUAGUGCCUUGAGAACACGCUUGAAUGAACAUCUUGCAAACAUGCGAAAAGGUUGAAAAAUUACAUUUGCACAAUUCUAAGGCCAGCACGGUACACUAUGGGCCCAAGAAUUGAGCAACUGAAGCAGCAGAAGCUGAAACAUGUGAAUUCAAUGUUACAGGGCUUAUUUUUGCCAAGAAGUGCAUUGCCACAAGCAUAUGCUCUUGGACUGACCCAGCCAAGGCCUCACCUAGAUUAUUCUUUUGUAAUAUUUUGUGCCUCUCCUAUGUUAUUCUGCCUGUUAACUAUGUUAAAUUUUCAAUACACCUUUUUUUUUGAAAAAGUUGGGG